CGGAGGGCAGCAGGAGUACAGAAUGAUGAAACUGAAGAACGCCUUUUGGCUUUGAUUAUGAAAGCAGAUUAUAAAAAUGAAGAUAAAUGUAAAAAUAAAAUAAAAGAAUACUGCAAUGGACUGAAAAAUGUUUCAUUAACAUCAGAAAAAGUACAUAAAGAAUUAAAAGAUUUUUGCAAUGAUGGAAAAGAAGAAAAAAAAUGCAAAGAACUAAAAACCAAAAUUGAAGAAAAAUGUAGCACAUUCAAAGAUAAACUUAAAACAAAAGCAAAGGAAGAAAUUUCAAAACUGACGGAUGACGAUUGUAAGGAGCAUGAACGACAAUGUCUAUUUUUGGAGGGAGCAUGUCCAACAGAUCUUAAAGAAGAUUGCAAUACUUUGAGAAAUAAAUGCUAUCAAAAAGAACGGGACAAUGUUGCAGAAGAAGUUCUUUUAAGAGCACUUAGUGGAAGUCUUAAAAAAAAAGAUUCAUGUGAAGAAAAGCUUAAGGAGGUUUGCCCGUUAUUAAGUGGAGAAAGUGAUGAGUUAAUGUUGUUAUGUUUUAAUGAGGAAAAGACGUGCGAGAAUAUUAUGGCUAAAGAACAAAAUAAAUGCAAAUCCCUCAAGAGUGAAAUUGAAAAAGUACUACCUAAAAAUGAGGAAUUAGAAAUAAAAUGCCCAUCAUUGCUUAGAGAGUGUUACUUUUAUGAUACCGAUUGUAUUGGUAAUGAACCGAAUUGCGAAAAGCUUGCGAGUGAUUGUAAAGAAAAAGGCAUAACUUAUACAAAGCCUGGUUCGGAUUUUGAGCCUACAAGACCAGGAGUUACAUUGGCGGAAGAAAUAGAAUUGGAAGAACUUUAUAAAAAGGCAGCAAAAAAGGGAGUUCGUAUUGGAAGACCACCCACAAGAGAUGCGACUGAGCUUUUACUUUUAUUAAGCCAAAGUAGCACUAAAUCUACGGUUGUAGAUAAAUGUAAAGAUAUACUUGAUAAAAAGUGCAAAAACCUUAAAGAACAUGAAAUUCUGAAGAGUUUGUGUGAUAAAGAUAAAGCAAGUGCAGAUGGAAAGAAAGAAUGUGAUAAAUUGCAGAAAGAACAUACAAAAAGUACCCAAAUUCUCGUUACAAAGAUCGAAAACAAACUUCUCAUCACAAGUGGUCAAAAUAUGAUCAUUACGUGGCAUGAUCUAUCAACAUUCCUUAGUGACAAAGAUUGCAGAACUCUAGAAUCAGAUUGCUUUUAUUUAAAAGGCUAUGGACCUUCUGAUAAGCCUUGUAAUAAUCUAAAAACAGCGUGUUAUAAAAAAGGACUUGAAGCAGUAGCAAAUGAAGCAUUACAAAACAAUUUGAGGGGGCUAUUGCAAGGCUCGAAUAAAACAUGGCAUGAAAACCUUCAAAAGAAGAUAGUGAAAGCUUGCAAGAAAUUAAAAGAAGAGAGCGAUGAACUAUUUGUGUUGUGUGUUCAGCCAAAAAAGGCUGCUUUUGUAGUUUCAACAGAUUUACGAUUUAGAGCUAUUUUUCUACGAGAACAAUUAGACGAAAAGCGAGAUUUUCCAACGGAAACAGAUUGUAAAGAAUUAGAAGAAAAGUGCAGAAUACUAGGACAAGAUUCAAAAGAAAUUAAGUGGCCAUGUCUUACAUUGAAUCAGCAUUGCGACCGUUUAAGGAAUACACAGGAAUUAGAGGAAAAAUUAUUGCUAGAAAAGAUACAAGGGUUAGAUGAUUUCGAUUUAUGUGUAGAAAAAUUGGGAAAGUGGUGUAAUGAUUGGACUAGAAGAGGAAGAACUCGUUUUACUCUUUCAUGUGUAACACAGAAUAUUACUUGCAAGAUUCUUACAGAAAGGGUUGGAUCUAAGUGUGCUAGAUUGGAUGAACAUAUGAAAACAAAUAACAUUUUAGAAAAUGUAAAGAAGAAUAAAACAGAGACAAUAUGUACAUUUUGGGGAUCGUAUUGCAGCAAGUUUAUGUCAGGUUGCAAAAACUUAAUGAAAGCUAAUGAUGGGAAGUGUGAAGAACUUAACAAGGAAUGCGAAAUAUUCAUCAAAAAGAAAGAGUUGGAAUUAAAACUAGUUGACCAAUUGAAGGGUCAUUUGAACACAAAAGAAAAAUGUAAGGGGGAGCUUGACAAAUAUUGUACACAAUGGGUGAAUGCAAGUAAUGGACUUGAAACUUUCUGCACAAACAAGAAAAAAAAAAGCAAGCAAGAUGAUCUUAGAAAAGAACUUUGCGAGAAAUUGGUAGAACAAGUAAAAAAGCAAUGUCCUGGGCUAAAAAAAGAACUCACAGAGGCCAGUAAAGAGUUGGAGAAAAAAGCUAACAAAUAUGAGGAUAUCAAAAAAGAAGCAAAAGAAGCAAUGGAAAAAGCAAAUCUUGUUUUAUCAAAAGCAAAAACAACAGAUAACAAACCUGCAGGUAAAACAGUACCAUCAGAAUCAGCACCAGCACCAGCACCGAACACACCACCAGCAGCACCGAAUACAACACAAAACACAGUAUUAUUUAAACUUGUAAGAAGAAAUAUAAACACACCUGUGACAGAAAAAAUAUAUGUUACAGAAAAGGAAUUAAAAGCAUUUGAUUUGGUAUCUCAAGCAUUUAGCUUGUAUGUAGAGUUGAAAGAAUUAUGUCACGAUUCAGAGAAAGGAUGUGGAUUUAAAGAGGAAUGCAAAGACAUUGAGGAAGCAUGCACCAAAAUCGAAAAAACAUGUGGUGGAUUGAAACCACUAGAAAUAAAGCCACACGAAAUAGUAACUAAAAACGUAACAACUACAACGACAACGACGACGACAACAACCGUUAAAGACGUAAAGGCAACAGACUGCCAGUCUCUACAGACAACAGACACAUGGGUCACAAAGACAUCGACCCAUACUAGCACUUCUACGACUACUUCCACAGUCACAUCAAGAAUAACCUUGACCUCGACGAGGCGGUGUAAGCCUACGAAGUGUACGACAGGAGAGGAAGAUGAAGCAGGAGAGGUGAAGCCGAGUGAAGGGUUGAGGAUGAGUGGAUGGAGUGUGAUGAGGGGGGUGCUAGUGGUAAUGAUGAUUUCAUUCAUGAUUUAA